GAUUGCUUUUGCCAGAAACCAAAAUACAGGAAGCGGAAGCGACACAGUGACGUUCGUUGGCUGCGAUAAAAUCCACCGAUCUCCAAAUUGCGCGAAAACUGGAUUAUAUACCGACUGUGGCUGUUGAUAUUAAUCCCAAUACGUUAUCGAUCUGUGUAAUCUGCGCGCUGCUGGUCAGCUUCAGCUGCGUCUGUUUUCCUGUCAAAGUCACUACUGUCGCUCGUGUUUAUGAUGGCGCUUUCUAAAAAAUGGAAAUAGUGUUCAGCCUUCUGUCGAUAACUGUCAACAAGGUUUUACAGUUUUCUGGACUUGUGGAUACCAGGAAUGUCCUGAAGACCAAGAAGAUGGAGGAGAAAGCGUUAGAAGUGUACGACGUGAUCCGAUCGAUCCGUGACCCGGAGAAGCCCAACACCCUGGAAGAGCUCGAUGUGGUGACGGAGAAAUGCGUGGAGGUCCAGGAGCUCGGGGAGGACGAGUACCUCAUCAUUAUCAAGUUCUCUCCCACCGUGCCUCACUGCUCUCUGGCUACUCUGAUUGGCCUGUGCUUACAAGUGAAACUGCAACGAUGUCUGCCAUUUAAACAUAAGCUGGAAAUUUAUAUUUCAGAAGGAACCCAUUCUACUGAAGAAGAUAUUAACAAACAGAUCAACGAUAAGGAGCGGGUGGCGGCCGCCAUGGAGAACCCAAACCUGAGGGAGAUCGUGGAGCAGUGUGUCAUCGAACCUGACGACUGACGGAGAGGAAACAACCACCUGAAGCGAACGCCUCGGCGCCGCCGUGUGUCUGUGUGUGUGUGUGUGUGUGUGUGUUUCAUCUGUGUCUGAGUAUAUUAUUCAGAGGAUUCCUGAGCGUCUGUCUGAUGGCAGAGGCUCGCGGCGGCUCCGCGGGAGUUUGCAGGUGUUUUUUGUUUUUGUUUUUGUUUUUUUUUCUGGAGAAUCUCCAGUGAGAAGCUUGAAUACUGAUCAGCGAAUAAGAAACACGAUGGAAGCUGGAAUAGAAGCGACAGAUGUGUGUUGACUUUCCCGUCAUUCCCUACUGGACGGCCUCGCGGUGAACAGCGGUCGCUCUCUUUGUUGUCGUCUGCUGGAGACGCUGCAGAGCGAGCGAGCCGAGAGGAAACAGGAAACUACUUCCAUCUCGACCUCCCUCCCGCUGUUUUUUUCCCCCCUUUCAUUCAAACAGACUCUGUCAGUCGUUCAGGAAGUAGAGAGAGGGAUCUGUCACAAGCACUGAGAUGGUUUCAUCUUUUCCUGCCGUGACUGUUUAUAGACGUCUGUCCUUUUUUGUAAAUGCACUCAACAGACGAGUCACUCAGGUUGAUGUCUGAGGAAAAAAAAAAAUGUGAUUCUCUUUUAGAGGUGAUUAUUUUUAAUAAAACAUGUGAUGUACAAAAGAAUCAAGUAUUAAAAGCUACAUCAAUGAGAA